AUGCUAACGAGUCAAAAGAUCCGACUAUGGCGAGAUCUCUUCAUCGAAAGAGUCUAUCAAUUGUGCAACCAGGUGCACCCUGGAAUGAGCAUUGAUCGAGAUGCCGUCUCACACAUUUGUCAUAUCAUCUCCGAUCUCCUUCGGCAACUCCUCGACACGAAACCGACAACGCUGGCUGAAGUCGAGAAAAAUGUCACCAUUUUGUUGCCCCAACAAGCUGCUGGGAUUGUAAAAGAAGCUCACGAAUUCAUCAACUCAUGGCCACCAAAGAAAUCCCAUCGCAACUACAACACGGUGAACGUGAAAACGAUGUGCGAUCUACACUCGAAGCUUGUGCUCAUCAUAAAGGAGUACCUUGGUCUAAAGGAUAAAGAGAAGAAAGAUCGCGAGAAAGAGAUUGAAAAGAUGGCGCUUUUUGUGUUGAAUCUUUGCGAUUACCUCACCGAGGACAUGUUGAAAUGGGCCGGUCAUUAUGUGAAAAAUGUGCGGAAUGUAACGAUGAGCAUCAGUCUGCAGAAUUUGCAAAUAGCUUUGAAUGCGGAUAAGAAUCUCAUGGAAUUGACAGAAAUCGUUCACAAUGGAGAUGAAGACAGCGAAGGUCUCUCUUUAACGGGAACCACUCUACUUUUCGAUUUCGAUUUGAAUAAUGAUGAGGAAAGACAUCAACGAGUUGAAGCCGAUUAUGGAAAGAUUGCUCGUGAGUUCUUGCAUUACGAGAGCCAAUAUGUAAGCACGUUGAGUCUAUUGGUGAACGUUUUUCGUCGAAGAUUCGAGACCGCGUGCACUGGAGCAAAUUUUUAUUAUCUUGAUGACAUCUUUGGGAACAUCAGCGAACUGCACGAGCUGAGUCUUCAAGUAGAAAGAUGUCUCGAGGACGCGAUUGAGAUGUGCGACACCCCGUCAGUGGGCACAAUCCUUUGGCCACUUGCUGAGGGACACGAUUUUGAUUGUUAUAUUGAUUUUCUUGAAACGAUCACCUCAACCACCCAAGGCGGCGUCGAAAAGAUCCUCAAAGACAAAGCCCUCCAGAAUUUCUUUGAUAAUGAAGAACGUGUCUACAGUAGUCAACAAGGCGGUCAAACGUUUCGUCUCAUCGUUCGCUAUGUUCUACCAUCGCUUCUCAACGUGCCUGUCGUGCAUUUCUACCGAAUCGUCGAGUUUAUAAAGAGACUUUCAAUGACAUCGAAUUCUCACGAGGACCGAAUCGAUCUGGAGAAUAUUCUCGGCUACUUCAACCCUCUUGUCGCCAAGAUGGAAAACCUGUUGAGCACCGAGUUGAGACUGAGAAUCAAAUUAGAUCGAGAUCAACGCCAACUAAACGAUUCCCCGAUUUCACAACUCGAGCGACUCCAACAAAUUCAAAAACGAAUCGACGCUUAUGAAGGGAAAAAUAUUGGGCAAACUUGUGCAGAGUUGAUGAAAGAGGGCACUCUCCAAAUGGUGAGACCGAGUCUUUCAACUCAGCCACUGGAAACUCUCCGACGUGGUCGAAGUCGAAUCUUGACCGAGCGUUACUUGUACGUUUUUGAUCAACUUGUCCUUUUGUGCAAAUCUCACAAAAAUGGGAUCAAAUUCAAAGAGCGACUAAACAUUCGAAAGACUGAAAUGAGAGACAUCGAGGAUAAUGAUGAAAUGAAACACGCUUUUCGGAUUGAGUCCUUUGAUAAAACGAGCAAUCAGAUGCAGGUUUAUACUUUCUUGUGCAAAUGCAAACCCGACAAGGAAAGCUGGAUGACAGUGUUGAUCAAUUUGCAGACGAAAAGUAUCCUGGAUCGUUUACUUGACAACUAUACAAAAGAGGAGAAAAGACGGAUCCCGUUGGUGAUACCCGAUCCGGAACAGUACAGAUUCGCCGAACCGGACACCGAAGAGAAUAUCAUGUUUGAGGAUUAUACAUCAAGCAGCGGAGUGCCCGUUGUGAAGAAAGGAACUGUCGCGAAACUUGUCGAAAGACUCACUUUUCACUUGUACACGGAUAACAACUAUGUGAAAACGUUCCUCAUCUCGUAUCGAUCGUUUUGCACAUCGGCCGAACUAUUGGCGAUGCUCAUUGAAAGAUUUGAAGUCCCAGUACCAGCCAGACUGCAGCCGCAAAGCGCGGAGAUUAGACCCGGUGGCCCGCUUGCUGGUCGAUAUGACACAGUGCAAUCACACGGUCUCUCCUCUCCUCCACCAUCAUUCAUCCAUUCCGGUGCCAUCUCCGAACAAUCAUUUCAACGCUUUCGAAAAGAAUACGAGCGACCCAUACAGAGACGAGUUUUAUCCGUACUCCAACAAUGGGUGAAAAUGCACUGGUAUGACUUCGAGAACAAUCAACCUCUCACGGAAAGUCUCGCGUAUUUUUUGAGAAAAAGCUGUGACACUCCAGGAAAACUGACAAAUCAGCAUCGAAAAUUUGCGAAAAUUAUCUUGGCGUCGAUCGAGAGAAAGAAAUCGGUUCUUUUCGGGAGUUCAGGAUUUGGGCUAACACCAGGACACACAAAUAACGGUUUCGAAAUGGACGAGCCGGGUGUAAUUCCACCACUUUCACCCACCACGCCGAGUGUCAGCAUCUACCAGCAAAAGCCGCCAGAGGUUGUCUGGCACACAGCUCAAAAAGGAGACACCGAAAACUAUGAUCUCCUCUCCUUGCAUCCAAUCGAGAUUGCUAGACAGUUGACCCUUUAUCAUUUCGAUUUGUAUCAAAGGAUCAAACCGAUCGAGUUGGUUGAUGUGGCUUGGAUGAAAAAGGAUAAGCAACAGCGAAGCCCGCAACUACUCAACUUGAUUGAUCAUAGCAAUAAUCUAACUUGGUGGCUGGCGAGAUCGAUCGUUGAUACAGAUUCGCUGGAGGAACGCGUAGCGCUUUUGGAGAGAACUUUGGAGGUGAUGUGCGUCUUCGAAGAGUUACACAACUUCACGGGCCUCGUUGCUUUCUACUCAGCGCUCAACUCAUCCUACAUGUGUCGGCUUACUUGGACUUGGGGUCGACUUGAGGCACACCACGAGGCAACUUGGGCUCGUUUCCAAUUACUUUGCGGGGAGAAAUGGCAAGAAAUGAUCAAACGUCUGCAGUCGAUCGAUCCGCCGUGUAUCCCUUUCUUCGGUCAUUAUAUGGAUCAUAUUUGCAAGAUGGAUGUGGGAAAUCCAUCGUUCGAGCGAUCGGGAUUCACGAGAAACAACAAUGAGGAAAAUGGUCUCCCGACUUCGCCCACCUCGAACAAACUUCUCGUUUCAUUUCUCAAAUGUCGUCGAAUCGCUGGAUUGAUCGGCGAGAUUCAAAUGUAUCAGAAUAAGCCCUAUGUGCUCACCGUCGAGCCCUCGAUUCGGAAAGUGUCGAAGUACAUUUAU